GAAUAGAUGGGCAGUUUGGUAGUUGGGUACCUCAUUAUAAGUUGCAUUGGCAGAGAAGAGAGCCUGAGACAGACACAGAGUCCACAGACAGAGAACUCUUACCAGGUCAUAAACCAAAUUUGCAUCAAUCUCUUAUGGACCUGGCUCUUUCUUCUCCAUUGUUCCCUUCAAGUGCAACAAGAGGUGUAAAUAAGAUUAAGCCUUACAGCUCAAUGCUUAUUGCCACCCAAAAGGUGUCCACUCAGAAAUUCUUUCCGUGUUUGGCAGCUGUUGCUACCCAGACAGCCCAGGCAGUGGAGGUUGCGGUAGAGAGCAAAAAACAUGAGCUGUUGAGAGCUAUCCAAGACACCCAAAGGGGCCUUGUCACGACUGACGAUCAACGCUCUUCUAUAGAGGAGGCUCUGGUGAGUGUGGAGGGUUAUAACAAGGGUGCACCGUUAGACUUGGUGAAAUUGGAUGGGACAUGGCGUUUGCAAUAUACUUCUGCUUCUGAUGUUCUCAUUCUUCUGGAAGCUGCUGCAAGGGUACCCUUUUUUCAGGUUGGGCAGAUUUUUCAGAAAUUUGAAUGCAAAGACCAGUCCAGCGGGGGAGUAAUCCGUAAUGUUGUCAGAUGGAGUGUUCCGCCAUUGUUAGAGGAACAGGAAGGUGCCACUCUGCUAGUUUCUGCUAAAUUUUCGGUCAUUUCUGUGCGUAACAUCUACCUUCAGUUUGAAGAGAUUAAUGUUCAAAAUAUCAAAAUUAGUGAAGAGCUGCAGGCUCUAAUAGCUCCAGCAAUAUUGCCACGAUCAUUUUUAAGUUUACAGAUCUUGCAGUACCUCCGUAAUUUCAAAGCUCAAAUUCCGGUUAGAGACCCCGGACGGCAAUCAGUAGGAGGACUUUAUUACCUUUCUUACUUGGAUGCUAAUAUGCUUCUGGGGCGUGCUGUUGGUGGUGGAGGAGUUUUUGUUUUCACCAAAGCUCAACCUCUGAACUAAUGGGAAGCUGUUAGCCAUCUUAUAGUUUCAUAUGGGAACAAAUUGUUUUCUCAUUUUUUUUGGUCGGUAUGGGGAAUAAAUUAGGAAGUGCAUGGGACUGAUGAGGUGAUAGCAUUUGGGGCUAUGUACAGGUAAAGAGAAACAAGUAUUACAUAUUGUCCAUUUUCCACAGGUGCAGGGAUGUUUACUAGCUACAAUUUUAACAUUGCUGCUGCUCUCUUGUGGAAAACUGAUGAAUGCAAAGGCCUCUUGUCAUCUCGUUCUUCGGUUUUACUUUUCUCACUAUGAUUGAUUAGUAAGUUCAGGUUCCUUGGAACAAUUAGUUCUGAGGAUCAUAGAUGUAUUGAUAUGCACAGCUUGAUCCUUUUGUUGGAACCAAUGCCCAGAAAAUAUUGGAAACAUUCCAUUUUCUUCUUA